CCUCAACAGGUGCCUGGUUCCAGCAUAGUCAAUGUAAGCUCCCAGAGUAUAACUAGCAUUACUGCCCACAAUGUCUGAGCAGCAGGCUGGCGGGAGCUCAGGGAGGGUGAGGAAGAAGUCCAGGAAAUUACUGGAGGCAGAGGAGGAUAAUUUAGAAACAAUGAAGAGUCCUCCUGCUAAAAGACAGAGAAAGAGUUUGGAGGAUGGGAGAACUUCUGAAAAGACUGGCCAACCGUCACCAAGUGAUUCCCCUCAGAAAUCCAAAAGUGGCACGAAAAAUGUCAUCAAGGUUAAAAGCAAGCCCAAGCCUUUGUCUGUGGACAAUAAGGAAGGGGAAAAGGAACCAGGCAAGACACCAAGAGGGAAAACUGACACCAAAGUGACAACUAAGAACAAACCAAAAGCCUCUGUUGCCAUGGCUGCACCAAAACAUCAGCAGAAGUCCCAGAAAGUGGCAUCUGUGAGCGAAGAGCAGCCAAAGAAAGAUCAGCCAACAUCUGCCCACAACCAAGCACCUUCUGUGCCAGGGAGUGAAACAUCUACUGAAAAUCUUGAACUAAAGUCGAAAGCCUUUGAAAAGUCCAUAAACACCAAACCAAGAAUUGCUGAGCCUGCUGUGGGGGAUGAUGUUGGAGAAAUACCAGUCAAAACUAAGAAAAGAAGCAAAGUUACUCAGCCCUCCCCCUCUGUUAGCACUCCAAGUCCCACUGGAUUGGCGAGGAAGAGGGAGAAGAAGAUCAAGGCACCUGACUCGCCUGAUAUGGAAGGACACAAGAAGUUGAAGAAGUGUGAAAAGGCAGGAUGCCCUGCCUCCUUCAUCAUUUGCUUCUCUAAUGCCUCUGAGAAGUGUGCUAGGAAUGGUUACACAUCACGCUGGUAUCACAUGUCACCUGGGGAACACUUCUGUAAUGACUGCUUCGAUUAUUUCUACAGGAGCCACAAGGGCGGCUACGAAGAUUUCACCAAAUGGAAGCGAUUCUGGUCAACCAAUGGGAAGACAGAGGCGUCAUUGAAAGUUUACAUGGCGGACCAGUGCUUGCCUUACUGGGUCAGGUGUAACCGAUGUUCAAAAUGGCGACAGCUUGGCAGCCAUUGUGAUUUCACCACAGAACUCGUAAAGAAGUUCGAGUGCGGGAUGAAUGGUCAGGGGGUGAAAAAAGAGGGAAAUGCAGCAUGUGAUGUCCUUGAAGACAAAAGAGUGUCAGAAGUAUUUGAGCCUGGUUGGAUCUCUACCCUUUGGAACCCCCCAUACCUUGUUAACUCCCCUGCAGCCCCGUUCCUCACAGAGUACUACCCAGAUGGUGUCGGGAUGAGUGCUUCAUCUACACAAAACAAGUCGAUGAAUGGGAAAAGGAAGAAAGGUCUUAAGAAACAGGGGAGCAGUGACUCUGAGAGCAGUGAGACAUCCAGUGAGGAGUCCAGUCUCAAUAGUAGUGGACAGUCUAAGACUGACCCCACUGGACAUGACAUCCCUGGGCUGAGCCCCUACCUGAGACCCUUCUACCAACCUGAAGAGCAGAGGACAGCAUGCACUAUGCGCCCAGAUGUCAUGGAUGACCAGGAGGUGCAGGAGUUCCCAGACUUUGCUGCGGCACAGCACAUGUACCUUGGCAUCAGGAACCUGGUCAUAGCCAUGUGGAAUCUCAACAUCAAGGAGUGGCUGACAGCAGAGAAAUGUGCCCCGUAUCUCCUGUGUCGAGGUCUGGUGAGGAUACGUUGUUAUCAGGAGCUGAGCCGUGUCAUACAACAUUUGACCAGAGUGGGGUGGAUCAACUUCGGUAUCAUCUCUCCCCCGCAAGACCUCUCUGUGUUACCUGACAGGCACAAGCCAGAGGUUAUAGUAAUUGGGGCAGGAGCUGCUGGUCUUGGAGCAGCCAAACAACUCAAAAACUUUGCUGCUAAGGUGUGCAUCCUUGAGGCUGCUGACCGUAUUGGUGGACGUGUUUGGGAUGACCGGUCACUAGGGGUGUGUGCUGGACGAGGGGCCAUGCUGGUCAAUGGGUGUAUUAAUAACCCUAUCUGUGUGAUGUGUGAACAGGCUGGGAUAAAGUUACAUCCCAUCUCCCCAACUUGUGAUCUCAUUGAUGAGUCAGGCAAACAGAUAGAUGGCAGCACAGACAAGAGAAUCGACUUCCAUUUCAAUGCACUUUUAGACAUCAUAGCUGAGUGGAGGAAAGAGAGGGAUAGUCACAAAGAUUGCAGCCUUUUAGGUGUGUAA